AUGAUUUUGGAAUGCUUCAAUAUUUUUUUAACACCCAACAAUGCUCUCAGCUCUCUGGUGUGCUCAUCCUGUGUUUCAAAACUAAGAGACGCAAGCAGCUUCCGUUCAAUGGUGGCUAGCUCAGAGCAGCAGUUACUGAAUGCGGUCAGUGAUAAGGAAACCAUUUUUGUUAAUGUUCCAGUGGGAGAUCAUGACUUAGACAUUGCUGACAACAUCAAGACCGAGGAUCAGGUUGAGGUGAAGCAAGAAAUUCAAGGAGAUCUCUAUGAAGACAUUGUUUAUGACUCCGACUAUAUUCCAGAUGUUGAAGAAUUUUGUGACAUCUCAUCUAAGGGUGAUCCAACCUCUGACGACGCACCCGUGGACGGUGAGGCUGCCCUGCUGGCGAAGUUUCCAAGGGGCACCCUGAAAGUGCCAACAAGGGAGUCCCUCUACCGCUCCUGUCCAGACUACUUCCGCCACCUUGAGCUCCUGAAAGGCAAAAUAAUCUUGCCGAGAAUGAUACAGAAGCUUUUAGAGGAUGCCGAGAAGGAGCAGGCAUCUUUGAGGCGCAGAAGGGUCUACAUAACAGAGAAGAUGGCCCAUAUACUCAACGCCUCCACCCUCCUGGAGAACUCGAACGCGACACCGUUCAAGAGCAGGAACCGGUCCGGCUUCCCGUGCUUCUACUGCCGCGUUUUCUUCGAGGACCUGGACGGUCUGAAGCAGCACCAGUCGCAGCAGCACAGGAGAAGCGAAAUCAAGAGGGCGCUGAGCGCGUACGGCGCAGAGAGCCUCGUGGUGUACGUGGACGUGACGGACCUCAGGUGCACCCUCUGCGGCGAGACGAUCCACGGCCUGGCCGAGCUGAAGGCCCACCUGGCCAGGGUCCACAAGACGAGGUUCCACAGCGAGUACCCCGACAGGGUUGUCCCCUUCAAGCUGUCCACGGACAACGUGUACGAGUGCCAGCUGUGCGGCUUCAAGUUCGAGACGUUCGGCUCCAUAGAGCGCCACAUGAACGUCCACUACAGGAACUACGUGUGCACGAAGUGCGGCGCCGGUUUCGUCACCAGGUACCGCCUGAAGGUGCACACUAAGUCGAUGCACCUCGGCGGCAGCUUCCCGUGCGAGCUGUGCGGCAGGGUGUACGGCACGCAGCAGAAGCUGAAGGGCCACGUGGACACGGUGCACAGGCUGCUGAAGCGCUUCAAGUGCCCAAAGUGCCCGGAGCGCUUCUCCGAGUACUUCAGGCGGCAGAAGCACCUGGUCGAGUGCCACGGCGUGGCCCCCCUGCAGUACAAGUGCAACGUGUGCGACAAGUCCUUCGAUCGGAGGUGGGUUUCAGCACCAGGCCUGCUAUCUCGGGCUGGUAUGGGACUAAGGUAUACCCUGUAUAGGACGAAAGGGCACUGGGCUCACGGAUGUCUAUGGGGAAUUGGAUUUCAAUUUAAUGGUAGGGACAGUAUUGCCAUCUCCCUGUACCCGUUU